GACACCGGUUCAGGACGAUGCCGGAAACUUAAGGGACGCUUCGGAGCGUCUGCGACAAGAUGAUGCAGAAAUGGUGACGAUCUUCAGCAUUCAUCGACCGGGCGUUCGUCCUGUGGGAGAUCGAGAGCAGAAGUAAGAGAUGGCCUUUCACUGGGAUAAGCUAUCACCAGCGGAAUUCCAACAGCUCCAGGACUUGGCAGCUUAUUCGACGCGAAAGCUCCAAGAUGUCCUCACCGAAUUUUGCGGAUCGAACACAACGCCCAGCGGCGCGCCGAAAUAUCAUCCGGAUGGGGACAUCGACUAUGAGGGAUUUCGUAAAUUCCUGGAUACCUAUCUCGAGGUCGCGACCCCGGACGAGCUUUCGCGGCAUCUUUUCCUUUCAUUCGUCAAAAGGGCGCCGCGUGGAGUCGACGGGAAAGCUUUCAAGGAGAUGGCCGUGCUGUCUUCGACAACCGCCUGUGCCGCGAUCACGUCCCACACAACGUCCAGCAGCAACGUGAACAGCACAGGUCUUCCGGGUGGAACGUCGACGGACAGCCAUGGUUCCUACUUCGCCGACAAAAUUCACGGUCUCACGGAGAAGCUGCAAGCACUGGGACACCAUAGAACGGACAGCGAAGCGUCCACCAGGGCUCGUACAGGAAGCGUACAUCCCAUACUGACGAUACAGCACACGUCGUACAGCUGCCACGACGUCAUCGAGAAGAAGAGCACCGACAGCAGCCCGAGCCACAGCCAAAUGUCGCGGAACUCGUCGAGGAAGUCGAACAAUUCGUUGCUCGUCAACAACGGGAAAUUAGAAGAGAUGAGACAUCUUGUCAGGAAACAGAGCACGAUAGACGUACACUCGGUUAAAGUCAGUCUCAAGGAUAUCGUCUGUUAUCUUUCACUUCUCGAGGCUGGCCGACCAGAAGAUAAAUUGGAGUUCAUGUUCCGGCUGUACGAUACAGAUGGAAACGGUGUUCUUGAUACCAACGAGAUGGACUGCAUUGUCAAUCAGAUGAUGAAUGUCGCCGAGUAUCUCGGAUGGGACGUCUCGGAAUUGAAACCGAUACUGCAAGACAUGAUGAUCGAAAUAGACUACGACGCGGAUGGCACAGUGUCGUUGGAGGAAUGGAAACGGGGUGGUCUCACGACGAUCCCGUUGCUUGUGCUUCUGGGCCUGGAUUCCCACGUGAAAGAGGACGGGAAUCAUCUCUGGAGGCUAAAGCACUUCAGCAAACCCGCCUACUGCAAUCUCUGUUUGAAUAUGCUAGUCGGUCUUGGCAAGAAAGGACUCUGUUGCGUCUUUUGCAAGUACACGGUUCACGAACGAUGCGUUCAAAGAGCGCCAGCCUCUUGCAUCGCGACGUACGUGAAGAGCAAGAAGACGUCGCAGACGAUGGCGCAUCACUGGGUCGAGGGCAAUUGUCACGGGAAAUGUUCCAAGUGUCGGAAGACCAUCAAGAGUUACAACGGUAUCACGGGUCUGCACUGCAGAUGGUGUCAAUUGACCUUGCACAACAGAUGCGUGUCGCAAGUGAGAACAGAAUGCACGCUCGGUGAAUACGCGAUCCAUAUUCUUCCGCCGACCGCGAUCUGUCCGAUCGUACUGGACAGACAACGAUCGUUCUCGCGGGACAGCAAAAGGGAGAGCAAGCACGGUCAAGAUUCGUCUUCCGUCAGCUCCAGCGGGUUCUUAACCUCCAGUAACGCUUCGACGCAACAGCCAGCGAUGUCUUUCCAAAUCACGCCUCCCCCUGCUACUGUGCCGCUUCUGGUGUUCAUAAACCCAAAAUCCGGAGGUAGACAAGGGGAACGUAUGCUGAGGAAGUUCCAAUAUAUCUUGAACCCGCGACAGGUCCACAACUUGGCCAUGGGCGGACCCAUGCAGGGUCUGCAGAUGUUCAAGGACGUGGAGAACUUCAAGGUGAUCUGCUGCGGCGGUGACGGUACGGUCGGCUGGGUCCUCGAAACUAUGGAUCGCGUUCAAUUCGAACAUCAGCCCGCUGUAGGCGUCAUCCCACUCGGUACAGGGAACGAUCUCGCGAGAUGUCUGCGAUGGGGCGGUGGCUACGAAGGAGAAGCCAUUCACAAAGUCCUCAAAAAAAUAGAAAAGGCGACGCCCGUGAUGAUGGACCGAUGGCAGAUCGAGGUCCUGGACCAGAAGGAAGAGAAGAAACCUAAUCAGGACUGCAUACCGUACAAUAUUAUCAAUAAUUACUUCUCUGUGGGCGUCGACGCGGCGAUCUGCGUGAAGUUCCAUCUGGAGAGGGAGAAAAAUCCAGAGAAAUUCAACAGUCGAAUGAAGAACAAGCUCUGGUACUUCGAGUACGCUACCACGGAACAGUUCGCCGCUAGUUGUAAGAAUCUUCACGAGGAUCUCGAGAUCGUCUGCGAUGGAACUCCAUUGGAUCUGGCCCAUGGUCCGUCCCUCCAAGGAGUCGCUUUACUGAACAUUCCUUUCACUCACGGAGGCUCGAAUCUCUGGGGUGAGCACCACUCGAGGCAUCGUCUUGGUAAACGGAAAAAACGGCCGGACAAAGAGCUCAGCACCAGUAGCUUCAAUUCGGUGGAUCUAACAGCCGCGAUACAAGAUAUCGGAGACAAUCUGAUAGAGGUGAUUGGUCUGGAGAAUUGUUUGCACAUGGGUCAAGUGAAGACGGGUCUUCGUCAUUCCGGGAGAAGAUUGGCUCAGUGUAGCAGCGUCACCAUUACCACGAGCAAACGGUUCCCCAUGCAAAUCGAUGGCGAACCGUGGAUGCAGGGUCCAUGCACUAUUCACAUAACGCAUAAAAACCAAGUCCCGAUGCUGAUGGCGCCACCGCCGGAAAAAGGUCGAGGCUUCUUCCGUUUUCUGCGAAGGUGAACAUUCCCCGAAAGACGAA